CAUUCUUUGAUUCUAUCUGUCUUCUGUCAUUUUUGUAAUUCUUGACCAGCAAAGUUUACGAGAUACAAAGUAAACUUAUUAUCACUUGUUUAUGCAGCCAAUAAGCAGUUUAUUGCUUUUAACUGAUACGCAAAAGUUGUAGAUUACGAAACUAUUUCCUGCAUUUUUAUUGAUAUAAGUGCAGUUUCAAUGUUUUGCAUAGUGGGAAGUUACUAAGGUAUAUCUAAAAAGAAUUACUCAGUGUUUAUUGCUAAAUAAACAAAGAUCGCCCACAAAAGCAUGCACAGUCCAAGCUUAUACGUUUAUUAACGUUUGAGACAACAACAGAGUAAGAUGGACAUUGUUAUAAAAGUUAAUAACCAAUCUAAUGGGAGAGAUAAAUUAGCAAGACUUAUACAAUACACAAGCAGAAUAGUAUGGCAUCAGUUAGAAUUGCGGCAUGCUAACAAAUAUUCAGUGGACAGAAUAAAAAAUCUAGAACUUACAUUCAGUUCUUUCAGAAAAAUUUUAAGACUUGGAAGAUGCAUAGAUAUUUGCUAUACAGCCUUAAACAGUAUGCAUAUUGAAGAUCCAAUCUUAAGAGUAACUUUAACAAUCAGUAAAUUGGCAAAUGCAUUGUUCCUGUAUGCAGACCAUGUAGUUUGGCUCACUAAAAGUGGUUUCUUGAAAACAGACUCUGAAAAAUGGAACAGGACAGCAAACAAGUUUUGGUUACUUUCAAUUAUUGCUAACUUAGCAAGAGACUUCUAUGAAAUAGUCCAGUUAAUGGAUUUACACAAGACAACCUUUUUAAAGCCAUCAAGCUUGCUUAAUACUCCGAUCAAAAAUUAUGACUGGAAUGGUGGGUUGCAAUAUGUUUGUAUGUUGAUGAGCUGUCACAAAGAUGUGUUUAUAGAUACAUUGAAGAAUUCCUGUGAUAUAUUCAUCCCGCUGACAGCUUUAGGCUUAACAAAGCUAAGUCCGAGUACCGUGGGUGCCUUAGGAGCAGUGUCUUCAGCGGCUGCAUUACUUACUGUAAUAAAACCGAUUACCAAGCUGGUGCCAGCGUGAAGAGUCCUUUGAAUUAUUGUUAAUGGUGCUGGGCUAAUGUAAAUUGUGAUACAUUUUAUCAUGCCACUUAAAUGUGUAAUUAGAAUUACCUUCAAGGUUACAGUCAUUCAAGAAAUGGUGAUUGGAUACAGAUGAAAACCAUAAUGCUAUGUUUGCAAUACAAUACAAUAUUUUAUUGGUUAAUGUAUAGCUGAUUAGAAGAAAUAUUUUAUUUGUAAGUCCAGAAAGUACUUUGCAUUAUUAGCCAAGGCGUUGCUACGUUAUUUUCCUAACAUUCGAUGUGCAACUACAAGAAUUUAAUCAAACACCAAUGUCAGAGAACGAAAUUUUUGAAAAAAAUACUUAUAUAGAGUAUACAUAUAUAUAUCUCUGUCAUGAAGUGCCUAUAGUGUUGACAAGUAGACAUAUAAAAACCGAGUAGACUUCAACCAAUUAAAGUCUAUUGGUCACAGUCAAGUAACUAAGUCACAAAGUCAAUUUGUUUUGAAAGUGUUGUGGUGUAUGUAGCCUUAGGCCCUUCACACCCAAGAAAACGCAAGGACUGAUGGAUGCGUCGUUGGCGACAAAAUUCUAAUGACCUCAAUAGGUAUAUAGAUUAUGGUUAUAACUUUGUGUUUGUAUCAAACUACUCAGUACCGUCUAAGACUUAAAUUUGUUAUUAUACUUGUGUAUGCAUUAUGUAUGGUUCAUUGUUAAUUAUAAAAAGUUUAUGGUUUAAAGGUA